GGGCAGCUGAAGGGCUAGGUAGGAUCAGGUUGCGGGCGCCAGAAAGCAGUUGCAAGGAUUUGAGGAUCAGAGGAGCUUUAGCCUUUCAGGCGGUGGGCGGUCUUCGACCAUAGCGUCAGGUCCUCCUCAGAGCUAGCGAGCUAGAGGAGCGUGUGCAGGGAAGAGAAGGUUUAAUCAGCGGUGGUUGGAGUGAUUGCGCGAGAUUAACUUAGUUACUUUGGGCCUGGAAGCAUGGACACCUCAGUGGCAGUUGCUUGCAGGACCUUGGGAAGCUCAGGUCUUCUGGCGGGUCACCCGCGCAGUGGAUGCUCCAGUAGAACUUCUAGAGAUGCAGAUUGGAGCCAAAGGCGUAGUCAAGCUUGUAGCAGUUACUCCAUGCAUGUCCAACAAAUGCCGCUGACUGACGCCGCACGGCGCACCAGCAGCAGACAUACCAGCGUGGGUGGCAGGUUGUCAGAAAGGGGCUGCUUAGAGAAGAAGGCGCCUAGAGGUGCAGUGAUCACUUGUUCCUUCAGAAAGCAAUCAGAAGCUGCGGAAGCUCUUCGCAUGACAUCACAGGCAAGGCAACCCGUUUGCUUGCAACCCGUCAAAGAGCUUGUUCAGUGCGUCGACCAGAAGGUGCACGAUCCGUCCGAGCCAGCCCGUUCUCACUUACCCCAACGGAUUGUCUCCCUGAUUCUAAGUCUAGCGCUGUCCCUCGGACCCCUGAGCACGUUCACACCAGCCCAUGCAACGGACAGUCCUCAGGUGGUCGGGGCUGCGGGGCUCCAGGACGGUGUAAAGACUCUAUUAGACGCCACCAAAGACAGUUCGAACGGUCAGGCGAGUGCCGAGUCGGUAGUCAAGAAAGCUCAGGAGCUCAAAGCGAGUGCGUCCGCAGCCAUAGAGAGAGCGAAGGAGAAGUCAAACAAAGUUCGGAAGGGGACUGCGACUUUGCUUGAGGCAGCGAAAGACGGCCCCGGGGGGAGAAAGGAAGCGGAGCAAGUGGCGCAGAAAGCGGACGAGCUCAAGGCUCAAACGUCCGAGGGCGUAAGCGCGACAUUGGAAAGGGCUUCCAAGGUGAGGGAAGGGGCGAAGCUGCUCGCGGAGGCCGCCCAAAUCGAUUUACCGGGGGGUUCUGCGAGGCCGGUUGAGAGUGCUUCGGAGAGUGCUUCAAACAACCGGGGGAAGGAAAAGGAACCGGAUAGAGAAAGCGGUUCAGGUUCGGUUUCCGAGUCGAACCGUCAGCAGAGUAAAGGGUCGGGAGAUUUUGCUGGCGCGUUCAAGGACAAGAUAGACAGCCUGAAGGAGGGGCUUGCGAAGACCCCCGAAGCGAUUUCGAAGGGCUCGAAAGGAGCGGUGAAAGAAGAGGCGCCAGCGGGGGUCGAGAAAGGGGUUCGGGGGGCGGUUAAAGAGGGGGUUACGGGGAGUGUGAAAGAGGGUUUGAGCGGGGCGGUCACGGGCGGCCUGGGAGGGGGCGUGAUGGGGAGCGUGAUGGGAGCGGCGAAAGGAGCAGUGUCCGGGGCGCUCGAGAAGUGAGGACAUGUAAGAAAUGAUGACAAAUGCCUUGCAGGUUUGUCAGAUAUGUACAAGCUAAAGCAGGAAGCAUCACAGUCAAAAAGUUCCUACAGUAGAUGCGUCAAAAAGAGAGACGAGUGAGACAAUAAUAUACUGGCCGGUCCCGUGGCCGGUUUGCAAAUUAAGUUCGUAAGCCUGGCUACAGAUUUUUUAGGAAGAUUUGCUCAAAGCACUGGAACGGCU